AUGUUCCAUACCAUCACGGAUUGGGCGCCCCCAUCCCAGCAGUCCGACUCCUCUUCCCAGCCUUCACAGGCACCAAGGACAAACAAAUCAUGUGCCGAAUGUCGCCGCCGUCGAAUUCGUUCGCUGUGCCUUUCCGGCGCGAUCCAAGAGGAGGACGGUGUCACGUCAGUAAGCAAAACCCCUGUUGUUCGUCGCGCACGUUCGAUCAUUAAUAUACCGUACCGUCUUGGAAGGUCCCACCAGGAACUAUCCCGGUCGCUGGAAAUCCGCGAUGCCAUCCUCGAGCAGCUCUUCCCCACAGUAUCCCCGGAGUCGCUCCGGGGCCUGUCACGAGAGGCGCUGCGGCAGUUAAUUGAAUGCCAGGGCCCUGGGGAGGGGGAGGAAACGUCAAGGGAAGUUCAAGAAGCUUCUCACUUUCGAGACAGAACCGACGAUGGCGAGGCAUGGGACGAGGCUGAUAAACUUAUGCAGCAUGCCUCGGCCUAUGACGAUGUAAACAACCUCUCGCUCACCUUUGACCGGUCGCAUUCUUACCUCGGCUUUUCCUCGGUCGGCAUUAUUCUCCACAGCAUUCUCGAGCUCUCCCCUAAAAUCCAAAUCAAACUGGCACAGGACCUGCAAGCCCACGCCUCCCAUCUAUCUAUUGCCCCGGACGAUGGGAACAUACCCCCUAAUCGGGAAAUACUCCUCACUAGUGAGAUUUGUAUUGAUGCCUACUUCGCACAUGUCCAUGCCAUUACUCCGAUGCUCGAUGAGGCCGAUUUCCGACGCCGGGUCAAAGAAAAUAAUGCGGACGACGGUCCCUGGCAAGCUGUGCUGAACAUGGUCGUAGUGAUGGGAGCCGUGGCCACAGGCCAGUGGAAAAGCGACUUGAUUCGAAACUCCUUCCACCAGGCUAGACGCUUCAUAAAUCUGGAAAUUCUGGGGUCGGUCCAAAUUGAAAGCCUACAAGCUCUGUGUCUUUUGGGCGGAUACUAUCUGCACUUUCGAAGUACUCCAAACACGGCUAAUGCCGUUCUCGGCGCCGCGUUUCGAAUGGCAGCGGCCAUGGGACUACACAAGGAGGCGAUUAUCACGCAUUCUAGCAGGCAAACUUCAUCCCAUCAGCCAGAAGCUGAAAUUAAACGAAGGUCAUGGUGGAGCCUUUUCUGCCUGGAUACUUGGGCCUCGAUGACGCUAGGGCGACCAAGCUUCGGACGCUGGGAUAGGUCGAUUAUGGAUACAAAUUUGCCUAGCGAACAGCACCCUGAUCCUGCGGUGUCUAUCCUACGGGCUAGUGUCGAGUUCUGUCUCAUUGCCACCGAAGUUCAAGACCGUUUCGCUCAAGCCACCCCAGUAGCAACGGAAGAAAUGUUCCAUUUCGACCAACGCGUGCAGGAUUGGUACAGCGCGCUUCCGGCAAUUGUCAACCUAUCACAUGGUGGCCUAACAAACGUCGCCAUAGCUCAGGCCUAUCUGAGAAACCGAUACUUGAAUCUGCGAAUCCUGCUUCAUCGCCCAUUCCUUUUGCAGCUCUCACAAUCAGUCAUGGCCCGGUCAGAUACGAUGGCCAUGGCCAUUGUUACCUGCCGCGAACUCAGUUUCGAAGCAAUCGCCAACAUCGCCGAGUCGUUUACGCCCAACACCAUUUGGGCGUGGAAUAGCACUUGGUAUCUCUAUCAAGCAUGUAUGGUUCCGCUUUUCAUCAUUGCCACUGAUCCACAACACAAUGAUGCCGUGAUUUGCAGGUCAAAACUCCAGGACGCUCUUGUGACGUUUGAAGCCCUGAUCCCUUGGACCCCGGCGGCAAAGAGAUCUCACAGUAUUGUGAAAAGCAUCUUUGAGGCUACCCAAGAUUUAGGAUCGGGUGGCGAUCCACUGGAGAAUACUGAUUUUGACCUGCUAGACAUGGAUGUCAAUGGGUUCUGGGAUUUGAACAACGUGGGCCUAGACUUUGACUUCCUGCUGAACUACGAUACGAUGAAUGACUUGGACAGAUACGAGCAGGAGAAUGUAACCGGAAACUGA